CUUAGCAAAUGUUUUGGAUUUAUUUAGUGACCAUCAGACAAAUGCAUCGGAUCUUGCUUGUUUGGUCGAUUCAAGUCAUUGUAGCUGGAAGUCACAGGCUAUGGUUUUCAGCAAUAGGUAUCUCCAAAGGAACAAACUUACCCCAAUUUAUAGAUAUAUCAAUGAUCAAUGAUGUGCAACACACCUACUAUGACAGCAGCAUGGAGAGGCCUGUUGUUCGUGCAGAGUGGGUUAUUAACAUAUUGGGGACCGAGUUCUGGGACAGACAAUCCUGGUUAAUCCUGUCUUGCCAGCCACGAAUCAGAUGGAGUUUGAAGCUGGCAGAAGAGCACUUCAAUCACACUGGAACCCACACAUACCAGAUUGCAGGAGGUUGUGAGAUACAUGAAAACGGGACCAGAGACUCGUAUUUGUUUCACGCAUAUGAUGGAAAAGACUUUGUGGGCUUUGAUGUCAACACCCUCUCCUGGAUUGCUAUUGUCCCUCAGGCUAAUUUUUACAAAAGGAUAAGGGAAGCGGACAAUAAGCGCCGUGUAGUAGAAAAUGAAUUUUAUCGGACUGUAUGUUUUGAUUGGCUGGAGACAUUAAUCCAUCAUGGAAGAAAACAUCUGGAAAGGAAAGUUCGACCAGACAUGGCUGUGAUAUGGAAGAAAAACCUAAACUCUGAAAUACAUUUAAUUUGUCAUGUGACUGGAUUCUAUCCAUAUGAGAUCGAUGUGAAGUGGAUCAGAGAAGGAGGGGGAUCCCUGAACGAGAAGGAUGUAUGGCAUGGGGAAGUGCUACCCAAUGAGGAUGGGACCUAUCAGCAAAGAAAGACUCUCAGACUGACUGCCAAGGAACAAGAUGAAUACAAGUAUGCCUGCCACGUGCAACAUGUCAGCCUGGAGGAAGUGAAAGUUCUGAAGUGGGAGCCACCGUUGAAUUCAGGAUUCACAAAAGGACCUACAAUGAUUAUGGUUAUGGCACUGGGAGCUUUGAUGUCUGCAAUUAUUGUUGCAACCAUAAUAUGUGCAUGGAGAAUUAAACGAGGAAAUUCAACAGAGCAACAAAGAAACAAUGCAGAAAACCAUGAGAUGAUAAUACAUUGACUAUGUCCUUAAUGGCUACAUGAAAAUCAAUACUGCGUUUUAAAGAAUCUGCACAUCAAACAAACAAAACCUUAAAAUCAGACUAAUUUCUCUUCUUGAAACCAAUAGAAAAAGGAUUUGCUCCAGGAGGGUUCUCUUGGCAUGAUGCUAGCAACUUCAAAUGCCUGUACAUUUACCUGCAAUACUUCUCUGGGUCACGCUCUUAUUUACAAAGGGAAAGGUUACACACAAUUUUAUGAUGGAUCAGUGAAGGACGGAUUGUUUCUGGAGCCAAAUGAUGAUCUUGAACUUCUAUAAUUGUCUAACAGAUAUGUCUGGAUUCUGCUAAUUGAUUUUUACUUGGCUUCUGGCACAAGUAUCCCUCCCGAGCUGUUUGGUAAAUGAAUAGAUACAGUGGUGUGAAAAAC